UUGACAAUGCUAAAUUUAAUGUGUGUGUAUGAUUUUGUAAAUCGGGGUUAUGUUAUGUUUUUUUCGAUAAAUUUUUUGUUGACGUUUAUUGUGUCAAAUGGAUGGACAACACGAUCAGGCUUUUUUACAAAUUUUAAGUGAAGAAAAGAACAUAACUAACUUUCUGGACGCUUUCUUUGGUUUCUUGUUCAGAUGCACAGACUUUUACGUAGAAUCCAGUGCAGAACAUAAACUCGGGUUUCCGCCUGGAAUUGCUGAAAAGUUAGUAAUUGAUUCCGCCCAAAAGUGGAAGAGCAUCUAUCUGCAAACAUCAGCUCUUACAGAGUCCCAUGAAUCCACGGUUCCUCUGCCAAUUGUCGAGGAAUCUCCAUCAACUUGUGUUGCUGAAGAAGUGGAAGUAGAAACAAAUGGCUUUGAGCCUACCAAAAACCUAAUACCACUAGAACAACCCUCUGAUAGUUACAAUGGGGCUGUUAGAGAAAAUUACACCUGGUCUCAGACAAUAGCAGAUUUGGAUGUUCUGGUCAAAAUCCCAGAAUGUAUUAAGACUGUGAAAGGACUAAAAGUAGUCAUCACCGGCGAUCAGAUCAAAGUCGCUGCUAAAAGUAGCAUAUUGAAAGACUGUAAUACCAUUGAAAUGAUCAAUUCUAUUGAAUUAGGAGAAUGUACAAUUCCAGAAUACACGACCCUUUUAGAAGGUCAUUUCUGCAUGAAAAUUCGAAAGGAUGAAUCGAUUUGGAGCUUUGUCCCUGGCCGACAUAUCAGCAUUCAUCUAGAAAAAACUAUAGAACGUUGGUGGGAUGCUUUGCUUGAUGGAGAGCCGAAAAUUGAGUUGGGUAAAAUUGACUGUUCGAGAAAUUUGGAUGAACUGGGAAAUGCUGAACAAAUGAAAGUAGAAGAAUUGAUGUGGAACCACCAGCAGAAAUUACUCAACAAACCAACUUCAGAAAAAUUGAAAAUGGAGAAAAUUUUGAAGAAAGCAUGGAAUGUGGAAGGCUCACCGUUCAAAGGCACUGAUUUCGAUCCUUCAGUACUCAAAUUCAGCUAAAUCAACACGGCUGGUUGAUACUUAGAAUAUGUACAUUAAACAAUAGAUCUGUUGUCCAUAGGUAAAUUUUGCAGUUAAAAUAAAUUUUAAACCAAAAUUUUAAGUAAAAA